AUGGAAAAUCCGCAAUCCACAAUUAAGACAUUGAGAGAAUUGAAUUCUGAUCUUGUUCACCAGAUCGCUGAACUUAGAAAGAAGUUUGCUGAGGUCGAGGCUGAGAAUAUCGAAGUUAAAGCCGAGAAUGCCAAGGAACAGAGCUCACAAGGUGCGAAUACUAAUAAUUCGCAGAAUUCAAUAAGUUUACUAGUACCCAUUCUUCCUGAAAUAAAUUCUGAUAAUACUUCCAUAAAGGAUAUUUCGUCACAUACCGAUGUGAACCGGCUAAAGGCUAAGAGCCAACCCGAUGAGGAGGAAGCUAUUCCCGAUCCUAUACCCAAAACAGAACAUAGCUCAACCCAAUCCGAAUCUUUAGCGAAGCCUAAAACGUUAUCGAUAACGAUUCAGCUGAGACCUUAG